AUGAAGGAGCCGUCCGCCCCCCGCUCGGCUCUCCCCCAGUCCCCGCCUUCCUCAUGAAGCUCUGGGCGCUGCUGGAGGACCCGAGCAACGGCGACGUCAUCACCUGGAGCUGGGAUGGCCAGAACUUCUGCAUCUUGGACGACCAGCGGUUUUCUAAAGAAAUUCUGCCCAAGUAUUUUAAACACAACAAUUUGUCCAGCUUUAUCCGCCAGCUAAACAUGUAUGGAUUCAGAAAGGUGUUGAGUCUGGAGAGCGGGCUCAUGAGAUCGGAACACAGUGCUGCCAUCGAAUUUCAGCACCCCUUCUUUAAAAAAGGAGGAGUGGAACUCUUGGAAAAUAUCAAACGGAAGAUAUCGUCUUCUGUAAAAUCUGAAGACCCUCACCUAUCGCAGGAGGAACUGCAGAAGGUUGCUGCUGAGCUACAGGACCUAAAAGAUGGUCAAAACAGUAUGGAUGCAAAGUUGGAAAGCAUGAGGAGGGAGAAUGAAGCGCUUUGGAAGGAGGUGUCAUCACUCAGAAGGAAACACAGCCAGCAACAAAAACUUCUUACAAAGAUACUUCAGUUCAUUUUGAGCCUAAUGAGAGGAAACAUUGUAGUGGCACCAAAAAGAAAAAGACAGCUGACGCUGGAGUCCACGUCUGCUCCUCCUCCGAAGUGCAGUCGGAAUGUUUUGCAGUUUCCUGAGGGUGUGGAGGAAGAGGUUCUCGUUUCUUCUCAACACUGUGGUAACUCUGCAGACAGUACUCUGCAAAUCCAUGAGAUUUUCAGCCCCGGAGAAGGCACAUCUGAACCCACCUCAAAAACUGUAGAGCAAACACAAGACUUCACAGCCCAACCAACAACAGACACCAAGGACGAAACGGUGCAGGAGAGUAUCAUUGAUGAUUCAGUUCUGCAGCUGCAGUCCUUGACUGAGGAAGAUCUGGUCCCCUGUAGCUCUGCAGGGGAAGAGGGCCUAGCGCUGGAUGUAGUGCAAGCAAACUCCGCUGAGGAUGCAGAUAGCGUGAUCAGUUCUAUUCUGAAUGAGAAUGAUGCAGCCAGCAGCAAUGAAUUGUUAUACCGAGAGAAAAUCCAAAACUUCCUAAGCUGUAUUGAUACUAGUCUGGAAGAGCUGCAGACGAUGUUAUGCAGGAAGAAGCUCGAUGUUGAUGCUGAUUUCAUUGAUGAGCUUUUUAAACCUGACUUGUCAUCCUCAGAUAAUCCUGUGACUGACACCAGCCUCAGCAUAGCAAUUGACCCGCAGGAAAAUGAGGAUGAUGCUGCAGUACAGAUCAGCAAUACCCGUUUGAACAGAGAGAAGCAGCUGAUGCAGUACACAGGAAACCCUCUGCUCUCCCUGUUUGAUCUCCCUUCCAGCGACUAUGGAGCCGACAUGCUAGACCCAGCUAAUUUGCUGGCCACGAUGGGAGACGAUGCAUACGUAGGCAGUUCAUCAAUGCAGAAUGACAAUGUUCCAGGGUGUAGCUCCAGCAAGGAGCCAGACCUGCUGGUGGAAGAUUUUAGUGGCCCUCAGGAUCUUUUACCUUUUUUCAGCCUUAGCCCUGUUACCAAACUUAUCGAUGAAGCCAAAGAAGUCGAGGAAUUUUGA